GCCGGAGAACUUUUGGCUUAUUAAAAGCUUCAAACAAAAACUUCCUUCUCAUCCUUUAUUAACUUGAUGUCUGGCUCAGAAGUUACCGAUAAUAAACGACCUAUAACCUACUUCGAUAUCUCGAUCGGUGGAUCUCCAAUCGGACGUAUCGUCUUUUCUCUCUACGCUGACCUCGUCCCGAAAACCGCAGAAAACUUCCGUGCGCUAUGUACUGGAGAAAAAGGCAUGGGCCAGUCGGGGAAACCCUUGCAUUACAAGGGUAGCGGAUUUCAUCGGGUCAUUAAACAAUUCAUGGUGCAAGGUGGCGACUUUACGAUGCACAACGGAACGGGAGGUGAAUCGAUAUACGGAGAAAAGUUCGAAGAUGAGGCAUUUCCAGUCAAGCAUGAGAAACCCUUUUUGCUCUCCAUGGCAAAUGCUGGAAAAAACACGAACGGGUCUCAGUUCUUCAUCACCGUUUCGGAGACGCCGCAUCUUGAUAACAAACAUGUUGUUUUUGGAGAAGUUAUCCGGGGAAAAUCAGUGGUCCGUCAGAUCGAGCACUUCCCAACAACCUCUGGUGAUGCGCCGACUUCACCAAUCGUGAUCGAAGACUGUGGCGAACUUUCCCCGGACGAUCCUUCUCUAGCUGCUUUGCCAGUCGAUGCUGACGGCGAUCCUUAUGAGGACUAUCCUGAUGAUGAUGACCAUGAAGUUUCCAAUCCUCAAGUCGCGCUUGAUAUUGCGAAGUCAAUCCGUGAAGUCGGAAACAAGCUACUCAAGGAAGGGAGGACGGAUCUCGCCCUUGCAAAAUACCAAAAAUCAAUACGUUAUCUUGACGUUCACCAUGUUCUUCCGGAUGAUGUCUCACCAGAACUUACUGAGGCCUACAAAGCUCUCCUUUCUCCUCUCCUGCUUAACUCGGCACUUGCUGCUAUUCGGGUCCAACCUCCCACGUCUUUGAAUGCUGAAACUGCAGUGAAAAAUGCUACGCGCGCUCUUAACACGCUCACUCUCAGUAGUGCUGACAAAGCGAAAGCCUUGUACCGUCGUGCCAUAGCACAUGCCAUACUUAAAGACGACGAUGAGGCAGAGAAGGACCUGAUCGAAGCUAAUAAACUUGUUCCUGACGACCAAGCCAUUGUGGGCGAGCUUGGUCGUAUAAGAAAUAAAAGGAAGGAAAAACGGGACAAGGAAAAGAAGGCGUACAAGAAGAUGUUUAGUUAAAUGCACAGUGCAGUUGUAUAGCAACUAUGUACGGGAAUACUUACAAGUUUAGAUGAUCGUGUGUUUUUAAGGUAGGCGAGGGACAAUGUAUGGUUACUGGAUAAAAUAC